AUGGCUCCUGUGAGAACUUCCUCUGUGUCACUGCUGCUGCUGCUGAGUCUGGUGGCUACAGUAAAGGCAGGAAUAGCAAUCCCACGAGAUCCAGGAUGCCCAAAUACUGUGGACAAGAACUUCCCUCAGACUGUGAGGGUCAACCUAAACAUCCUUAACCGAAAAACAAACUCCAGAAGGCCUUCUUCAGAUUACUACAACCGAUCCACCUCACCUUGGGAUCUCCACUCCAAUGUGGACCCUGAGAGAUAUCCCCGUGUGAUCUGGGAGGCUAAGUGUCGCCACCUGUACUGCAUCAGUCCCGAGGGGAAGAUGGACCAUCACCUGAACUCCGUCCCCAUCCAGCAAGAGAUCAUGGUUUUGCGCAGGGAGCCUCAGCACUGUCCCCACUCCUUCCGGCUGGAGAAGAUGCUGGUGAAUGUGGGCUGCACCUGCGUCACCCCCAUUGUCCGCCACGUGGGCUAA